AUGGUCAGCGGAGAUUCCCCCGACAUGGAGUUUUUCAUAAUGACUACUGAGGACUACCACGAGAGUAUGGCACUUCUCCACAGCGAGUACGUCGGUAGAAACCCAUUGUGCAAGGCGUGUGGAGAGACCGGCCAGAAUACAUACACGGAGCCGCUCAUGUCAGACGUGAGGAAAUGUCUGGCGUCGGGGGCGUCUAUUGGCGUCAGAGACAAGGCGUCCAAAACUCUGGCUGGCGUAUUUCUAAAUGCCCCUCUCAACAUGGACGAAGCCUGUGCUUCGAGCAACAUAAAUACGGAUAACCUGGGCAUCGAGUACCGUGUGCUGAGGCGACUCACUGCCGACACAAGACUGUUGUUCCAAGACCAGGAGGUGCACCAGGUGCUGGACCUGUUCGUGUUGUGUGUACACAGAGGCUAUGGCGGCCGCCGCCUCGCCUCUACCCUCCUCCAGAAAUCGCUAAGGCUGGGCGCGGAGCAGGGGUACGAAAUGGCAAGUGUCCUGUCCACCAACAGUGUGACGGAAAAGAUUUGUGCCCGUCUCGGGUUUCAGACAGUGAAGAGCCUUGACUUGACCACACUGGCCGAGGAAUUCAGCAUCGACACCUCCCUCAUUCCUGGCGAGACGGAGAUGAAGAUGAUGACCAAGAGGCUACCUCCUCCUCCUCCUCCUUGCAAUAACUUUACACUCUCUCGCUCCACCUAAUAUAAACUAACAAUAAAUUGACCUGGAAACUCUCAACGGCAAUGCAAUAAUUCUUUUAAAUUAAAGAUAAUUGUUGGAAAUGAAGUAAAGCGAUUACAGAUAUUAUACGACACUGAUGAGAAGGGGUAGAAAUAGCCUAAGUUACUCUAUCCCUUUUGAGAUGUAUUUUUAUUGUCUCAAUAAAGGUACUUGAACUUGAACGAUACUAAAUCGAGCUUCGAAGAUUUUUAACUCUGACGUUAUUGUAUGGAUUAAUUUAAAAGUUUGUAAAUAGUUUGUAAAUAGUGAAUGUUUCAGUUUACUAAACUCCUCAAAUUAAAUCAAACUUAUGAAUUACCGUGCAAUUUAAUUAUAAAUGAAUUACCCAAUUUCACCAACAUUUUUUGAUAUAAAGUCAUUUAAGAAUCUUACCAGAGCAGCCGUGACGUCAUCAUCACACUGGGGAUAAUAUCUUUCAUAUUGUCAACAAUUUUAUAUUGUAAUGCUAUAUUAUAAAUUUCGCAAUCUAUUAUUUAUAUAAAAAAAUGAAUACCUGUAUGUCGGUAGCAUCCAUUUUUGUACACAAUGAAAAAAACUUAUUUUUAUUUUAAAUAUCAUCAUGAUUUAAUAUCAUAUUGUAUGGAUUAAUUUCAAUGUUGGGAAACUCCUUGAGACAGUUUACUAAAAUCCUCUCUGCAUCUUUAAUUGGCAUUAAAUAUGCAUUUUUGGAGAAAAAAGAUUUGUUACAGCAUGAUAGUAUCUGAAUAACUAUUACGUAAAUAUAAGGAAAGUUAAGAUGCUUGGUUAUAAGCAAGAUAUGUUUUUAUAAUAUUAUUUUUUUUUACUACAAAAUAUAUGUCAUCCAUAAGGUGGUUAAACAUUUUAGAAAUUCUAGUCCUACAUUUUA